GUAAGUGAGUGAGUGAGAGAGAGAGCGAGCGAGAGAGAGCGAACAGGGAGGAAGCCUGCAGCGUAAAGUACUAACAUGAGCGUGUAGCUCAACUGCUUUCGCCUUCUCAAAUCAACAAAGAAGCGAAGAAGCUGAAUAUCUCAGCGAGUGGAUGGCAGAAGUCACCGAGCGGUUCGUCAGCAGACUGGGAGAAGGAGGAAUCCCAAACGCCUCUCCCAAUCAACGCCUAUUGGAAAACGAAUAGUACAAGACAAGCCCCGCUGAAGACCAUUACAUUUGGGAUAUUUGACUCUGUGUUUAUUGCCGAUAUUUUGCCUCUUGGACUCGCACCUCUACUCAGCGCUAUUCCAGACGUAGGGAAUUCGCUCGUUUACGUUUGCUUCCCAUUACGAGGAAAGACGGAUCGUAAACAAAAACAGGAGCUUCUGGUUUUACAUAUCACAACUUUUGCAUGAUUUUUCCGCUCAAACGAGAGAAUCAGGUUGAUCCGACUAGUGGUUUGGGGGAUUAAAUCAUCACAGCAUCCAUCUAUACGUGCCUGUAUACUGAUGACGCUAUGACAUCCACGGGUAUAGAGACCCCCUGAAUCAAAACCUGCUUUUGAAUCCGUCUGUUAUUGCAAAGAAGAUAGUUGGAUCUCACUUGAGCAUCAUCAUGGUGGUUUUUAAUGGAGAGUUGAAGAUCAAGGUUUGCGAAGCUUUGGACCUGAAACCUACCGCAUGGUCGCUCCGGCAUGCUGUGGGACCAAAGACCCAGACCUUCCUCUUGGACACGUAUAUUGCCCUCAACGUGGAUGAUUCCCGUGUGGGCCAAACUUCUACCAAGCAGAAGACGAAUAGUCCAACUUGGAAUGAUGAGUUCAUAACAGAGGUUUAUGAUGGGAAGAAAAUCGAACUGUCUGUCUUUCACGAUGCGCCCAUUGGCUAUGAUGACUUUGUGGCCAACUGCACUAUACAGUUUGAGGACUUGCUGCAGAAUGGCAGAGGGCACUUUGAAGAUUGGAUCGACUUGGAGCCCGAGGGCAAAGUGCAUGUCAUCAUCGAUCUGACAGGAUCCUCCAGUGAAGCUGCAUCAUCCAAUGAAAAUGAGGAGAGAGUGUUCCGCGAGCGGAUGCGUCCACGCAAACGUCAGGGAGCUGUCCGGAGGCGCGUCCAUCAGGUCAACGGUCACAAGUUCAUGGCCACCUACCUGAGACAGCCCACCUACUGCUCCCACUGCAGAGAUUUCAUCUGGGGUGUAUUGGGGAAGCAGGGGUAUCAGUGUCAGGUGUGUACCUGUGUGGUCCAUAAGAGAUGCCAUGAGCUCAUUAUAACAAAAUGCGCUGGCUUGAAGAAACAGGAAGACACUCCUGAAGAGGUUGGCUCCCAGCGCUUCAGUGUAAACAUUCCACACAUGUUCAGCAUUCAUAAUUACAAAGUCCCUACCUUCUGCGACCACUGUGGCUCCUUACUUUGGGGACUGAUGCGGCAAGGCCUGCAGUGCAAAGCCUGUAAAAUGAAUGUCCAUCGGCGCUGUGAAAGUAAUGUAGCUCCUAGCUGUGGUGUCGAUGCCAGAAAAAUUGCUAAAGUGCUAUCUGAUCUUGGGGUGACACCAGAUAAGAUCUCCAACAGCACCCAGCGCAGGAAAAAGUUGACUCCAGGGCAGGACCCUCAGCAACCCAUAACAGAAGCGCCCUCAUCAGAGGAAUCUGACCGAUGCAAAUCAGCUCCUACUUCACCUUGCGAGCAGGCGGAGCUUGCAGAACUGGAGAACAUCCGCAAGGCCCUUUCAUUCGGCCAGGAGCACAAGUCUUCGUCCUCUUCCACAAGCAGCGGCGUUCAGAGCACAGCGAUCGAGGGCCGGGAGAAUGGAGAUGUAAAGACUGUCCAGACGAAGAGGAUGAGUCUCACCGACUUCUCAUUCAUCAAAGUGCUGGGCAAAGGCAGCUUUGGCAAGGUGAUGCUGGCAGAGCUGAAAGACACAGAUGAGGUUUACGCUGUAAAAGUAUUGAAGAAAGACGUCAUCCUUCAAGAUGAUGAUGUGGACUGCACUUUGACAGAGAAACGCAUUCUAGCCCUGGCUAGAAAACAUCCCUAUCUAACCCAGCUAUUCUGCUGCUUCCAGACAAAGGAUCGGUUAUUCUUUGUUAUGGAGUAUGUGAACGGAGGAGACCUGAUGUUUCAGAUCCAGCGCUCACGAAAGUUUGAUGAAACUCGUUCCCGUUUCUACGCAGCUGAGGUCACAUCUGCGCUUAUGUUCCUGCAUCAACACGGUGUCAUCUACAGAGAUCUGAAGCUGGAUAACAUUCUGUUGGAUGCUGAAGGCCACUGUAAACUGGCCGAUUUUGGCAUGUGCAAAGAGGGCAUUCUGAAUGGGAUCACGACCACCACCUUUUGCGGGACCCCUGACUACAUUGCACCUGAAAUCCUGCAGGAGUUGGAGUACGGCCCGUCGGUGGAUUGGUGGGCUCUGGGCGUUCUCAUGUAUGAAAUGAUGGCCGGUCAGCCUCCGUUUGAAGCUGACAAUGAGGACGAUCUUUUUGAGUCCAUCCUCCACGAUGAUGUGCUUUAUCCCGUGUGGCUCAGUAAAGAAGCCGUCAGCAUUCUGAAAGCUUUCAUGACAAAGAGCGCCAGUAAGCGUUUGGGCUGUGUGCUGACCCAGGGACUAGAGGAAGCCAUCAAAGUCCACCCGUUCUUCAGAGACAUCGACUGGGUCUUGCUGGAGCAGAGGAAGAUCAAGCCCCCCUUUAAACCUCGCAUUAAAACAAAGCGCGAUGUGAAUAACUUCGACCAGGACUUCACUCGCGAGGACCCUGUUCUGACGCCAGUAGACGAUGCCAUCAUCAAACAAAUCAACCAGGAUGAAUUCAAGGGCUUCUCCUACUUCGGAGAGGAGGCUUCGUCUUAAAGCCUCACUUGUUGUCUGUCAUCUCAUAUAUAUGUUAAACACACCAACAAACACUUAAAAACCCAAACUGCAUUGCAAUACAUGAAAACACUCCACAAAUGUUCUGAAGACGGGGCUCAGAGCAGAACGGCUAGUCCCUGUGGUUCAAUUCCCCUUUACUGCUGUUUUUGUUCUUUUAUUCUUCUUUAAAUCUCCAAAAGAGAAGAAAAAAAAACUGUACUACAUAUGGAUCUCACAGGCCUCAA